ACAUACAAAAUGGCGGCUCGUUGACGACAGGAGAAAACUUACAAAGUGUGUCAUUUUAAGCAGUGAAUUUGUUAUAUUUACAAAUAUCUCCGUAGCAUUUUAUUCAAUAUGGGUACAUCAGACGUAGAAGGUGCAGAAACGAAGGGAGAAGUAAUGGAAGUAAAUUCUGAAUUGGAGGUAUUUAGUGAACAAAAGAAAAAGAAGAAAAGGAAGCACAAGCAUCACAAACACAAAAGGGACAAAGUUUUGGAUAAGGUAGAUGGAAAAGUGGACAAGCAAGAAAGAAAGAAACAUAAGAAGCACAAGCACUCGAAAAAGGCAAAAGAAAUUGAAAAUGGCACAGAUGUGAAGAAAGUAGCGCAUCGGCUAGGUCAAAAAGUUUCGGAUGUGAACGGAAAAGUGGAUGGUGCUUGUUUGGAGGUAUUAACGACAGAAGAAAGCGAUGAGGAAAAGCUUGUAGACUUGGAUUCAGACGAAGUUGAUUGCACGAUUAUAGAAGAUGACAUUGACCUAGAAGAAUUAAUGAAACAAAAGGAGCGUCUGCAGGCGUGUUUAGUGCAAUAUUUGUCCGACGAGUCCGAUAAGGGAAAAAUCGCUGAAACCCCAGAUGUAAUUCUUGUAGAAGAUGACAGUGAAGACGAGGGGAUUUCUAAAAAGCGCCACAGAAGUAGAUCGGGCAGCAGAGAGCGCAAAAAGCUAAUGAGAACGGAAAGGCGGGUUGUUGUCGACAUGACACGAGACAGAAGAGGUAGAGAUGAACUGAAAGAUAAGAGACGAGACCUCGAUAGAAGGAGAGACGACAAGACUCGAAUGAGGGAAGAUUUGAAGAGGGAGGAUUUGAGAAAGGAUGAUAAGUCGGUGCGUAAAAUUGGUGAUAAAGUGAAGGACGAGAGAAAAGAUGACCUGAGGAAGCGAAUUGACGAGGAUAGGCGUAAGGAGGCUCUGAAGAAGGAAGAACUACGCAAGAGGGAACAAGAAAAAAGAGAGGAAGAGCGAAAACGAGAUGUGGAUCAUCAUACUGGUAGACCGAGACACGAUUCAAAAUCGCGGGACACGAGGGAUGAUUCGAAACAUCGUUCGCUGAAGCAGGAGAGUCGUGAGCAUCGAAGCAGGGACAGACCGACGAGCCGAGAUCGCGAGAAGAGGGAUAGCAGAGACCGCUUUCUGAAUCGGGGCCGUGAAAGAUUGGAUAAUCGCGAUCGGAGGGACAAUCGAAAUCUCGAACGAACCAGGGACCGUUCGAGAAGUAUGCGAAGAUCUCGCAGUCCGUUUAGAAGCCGUAUGGAUCGUGAUCGUAAUGAUCGCUACAGAAGAUCGAGAUCUACGUCGAGGGGACGUAGGGGUGAUCGGCAUGGGAGGGAUUACGAGAGGGAUCGCGACAAAAAUGGAAAGAAGGAACGGAGUGACAAAUUCAAGGAUUCCCUGUCGGAAGGACUUAAAGUUGAGCGCUCAGAGAGUUCCAGCGAAGAGGAGAUCAAGGAUAUUGACAUUGAGGAAGAGGAGGACGAGGAAGCGAUUAUUGAGAGAAGAAGGAAGCAGCGGGAGGAAUUGUUAAAGAGAUUAGGGGGACCAAAUGAAGACUCAAACCUUUCUGCCGAGAUGAAUACAGCGACAGUGUCGCCUAGGUCGGAAGUUCAGUCCAAUAUUUCCCCGAAAUCCGUCGACGUGACGUCUAAUAAUAACGGAUCGGCCUCGGAGAGUCACACUCCACCGCUGCCACAAAAAUCAAAGUCUCCGGAAACUGUGAAAAAAAGAAAAUCCAGAUUUGACAACGAGGAUGAGAAGCAGGAGGAGGCUGCAGAGAAAAUUAAGACGGACGAUAAACAGAAUUCAAAGAAGUCGAAUGAAUGGGACAUGUUUGCUGAAGUUGAUAAUAUAGGAGACUUUAAUAGUCCUACUGUUGAAGGAAAACGCCAUGGUGGACCGGACAAUCCCAGCCUCACGGACAACUGGGACGAUGCCGAGGGUUAUUAUCGAGUUCGUGUUGGAGAGACUUUAGAUUCUCGCUACGUUGUUUAUGGUUACACAGGCCAAGGUGUUUUCAGUAAUGUCGUGAGGGCAAGAGAUAAUGCUAGAGGAGGCCUCGAUGUGGCUGUGAAAAUUAUUAGGAAUAAUGAAAUAAUGCACAGGACGGGUCUGAAAGAGUUGGAGAUCUUGAGGAAACUCAAUGACGCUGACCCAGAAGACAGAUUUCAUUGUUUACGUUUGUUUAGGCAUUUCUUCCACAAGAACCACUUGUGUAUGGUUUUCGAACCAUUAGCUAUGAAUUUAAGAGAGGUUUUGAAAAAGUAUGGUAAGGACGUUGGUUUGCAUGUAAAAGCGGUAAGGUCCUACACACAGCAGUUGUUCUUAGCAUUGAAGUUGUUAAAGCGGGCGAACAUUUUGCAUGCGGACAUUAAGCCAGACAAUAUUCUAGUCAGUGAAAGCAAGUUAGUGUUGAAGCUUUGCGACUUUGGCUCUGCGUCCCAUGCUCACGAGAAUGAGAUAACGCCCUACCUUGUGUCCAGAUUCUACCGUGCACCCGAAAUUAUUCUUGGUAUACCAUACGAUUUUGGUAUUGAUAUGUGGUCUGUGGGAUGUACCAUAUACGAAUUGUACACCGGAAAAAUCAUGUUCUCGGGGAAAACGAACAACCAAAUGCUGAAAUUCUUCAUGGACCUCAAGGGAAAGAUGCCUAAUAAACUAAUUAGAAAAGGCUCUUUCAAGGAGCAGCAUUUUGACACUAACUGCAAUUUCCUCUACCACGAAGUCGAUAAAGUUACUGAGCGGGAGAAGGUCGUGAUAAUGUCCACCCUGCCAGCAACGCGAGACAUUAGCGCCGAAUUGGGAGGAAAUUCACUGCCAGCGGAGCAAAGUCGAAAGGUUGCUCAGCUCAAGGACCUAUUGGAACGGACUUUGAUGUUGGAUGCCGGCAAGAGAAUCACGGUGAACCACGCUCUGGCUCAUCCUUUCAUACAAGAAAAGAUCUAGGUAACCCUGACCGGGCGGGGGGGCCCUUCCUCAACGGAGUUGUUUCAUUGACAUAAGUUUGCACAUUUUUAAUCAGCGUUGUUCCUAACGUCAUCGUCAACUGCCGAUGAACAAUAAGGCUUUAUCGAUUCAGGGUCAAUAAAAUUCCGCCUCGAGAAUACCUGCUGCGUAUUUCGGCGGAAGAAAAGGGGGUGAAAAAUUGAGUAACAUACCAUACACGGAGCGAACGCGGUUUAAAAAAAAAAAAAGAGACUAAAACCACUAUAAUACUCGUAUUAUAUCUGCCUUUUUUUCCGCAAGAUCCGAUCGAGUAAAAAUAGUAGUAUAAUAAAUAGUACAAUAUUUUUUCCCAGGCCGCCAUAACCCGGCACCUUCUUCUCCCCCGAUACUUACUAAUGUUUUUUCGUAAUUCAAUUACUGUACUACGAUUAUUCACUAGCGAUUAUAUUUUUUCGUAUUUUAAAUCGAGAUAGACUCCAGUAUCUCGUGGGAAUUGUAAAUUAUUACGUUUUACUACACACAGCAGUCUUUUUUUUUAUGGCGAGACAAGUACACAUUAAUAACACGUAUGAUGAAUUAAUCCUUGGAAGUUAGUGACAAGUUGUUUGGUGUAUAAGGAAUCAAGAUUUGUAUAGUAAAUAGGACUGCGGUUGAAAUAAAACGACACAUGCUUGAAAGAU